UACUUUCAGCUGAAUCGGCUAACCACCAGGAGCCCUAAAAUUCCGUGGAGGAGCCAUGCUACUAUCAUGAGUGAAGCUCAAGGGGCAUUGAGUCGAAUCAAUGGCUUGCGGGAUGUGAUUGGAACAAUGAUUGUAGCAGCGAAUGGAAACGUAUUGCGAACUACACUGCCUCAGGAUCUGGCUUUCAAGUAUGCGACGAAGAUCCCGAGCUUGGCAGCCAUGGCUCGCAGCGGCGUUCGCGAGCUCGACCCCCAGAAUGAUCUCCAGAUGCUGAGGAUAAAGACGCUGCUUCACGAGAUAAUUGUCAUAGCCGAGCCUCUGUUCACGCUCUUGGUGGUCCAGAAUUGCAAGGAGAAAGACCCAACGCCCGAGAGCUCUUCUUCACCCGACGAGGACAAAGAAUCGUCCAGCGAGUAGCUCGACCGCCUCCACUAGAAGUUUUCUCGAGAAAAAAAUGCACCUGUACACUGUUGCUUCAUCGUCGUCAUGGUUUGGAAAUCCUGUAGAGAAAGCCACUCA